AUGGCCACAAACGGCACUAAGGCCAACGGCAACGGCGAGACCGGCGUCGGCGCAGAAGCCAUCAACUACGACAUCAUCACCCUCACAAGACACUUGACAGAAGAGCAAGUCAAGCAUCGAGAAGCGACCGGUGACUUCACACUCCUCUGCCACGCCCUCCAGUUCUCCUUCAAGUCCAUCGCCUACUACAUCCGCCGAGCCACCCUCAUCAACCUGACAGGCCUAGCUGGCUCCUCGAACACGACGGGCGAUGACCAGAAGAAGCUCGACGUCAUCUCCAAUGACCUCUUCAUCUCCGCCAUGCGUGGCUCCGGUCGCUGUCGAGCUCUGAUUUCGGAAGAGGAGGAACAGGUCAUCUACUUCGACGAGCACCCAAAAGCACGCUAUGUAGUCGCCUGCGACCCCAUCGACGGCUCCAGCAAUCUAGACGCAGGCGUCUCAGUCGGCACGAUCUUCAGCAUCAUGAGACUGCCAGACAGCGUGGUCGAGAGCGGCGCACGGCCCAGUGUGGAAGAUCUGUGCAUGCCCGGCACAGAGCUCGUGGCGGCUGGCUUCACAAUGUACGGCGCCUCCGCCCAACUAGUCAUCACCAUGCGCGGCGGCACGGUCAACGGCUUCACCCUCGACAACGCCCUCGGCGAAUUCAUCCUCACCCACCCCAACAUGUCCAUCCCCAAAUCCCGCGCCAUCUACUCCGUCAACGAAGGCAACUCGCUCUACUGGCAGCCCAAAACCGUCUCCUACUUCAACUCGCUCAAAUCCCCCUCUGACUCCCACCCCGACCCGUCCAAAUUCAAGCCCUACUCGUCCCGAUAUAUCGGGUCUAUGGUUGCAGACGCGUACCGGACGUUGCUGUAUGGAGGAAUUUUCGCGUACCCGGCGGACAAGAAGAGUCCGAAAGGAAAACUGCGGAUUUUGUAUGAGUGUGCGCCGAUGGCGAUGGUGAUGGAGAAUGCGGGCGGUAAGGCGGUGGAUAGUAACAUGAAGCGGAUGAUGGAGGUGAAGCCGGAGGGGAUACAUGAUCGGAGUGGGAUUUUUAUGGGGAGUGAGAAGGAGAUUGAGAAGGUGCUGGAGGCGCAUAAGUAG